GAUCUUAGCUGUGGUUUAGCUGUUCGUGAUAUUCCCUUCGAUUUCUAUCUCUAUCGCUUCCUCUCCCUUCCCCCUCUCAGGAAAAAACGAAAACCCUAGCCGUUUUUCUCUCUCCUCAUUCCUCUCCCUGUAGCUGAAGGAUGAGAUGAAGAGUGGUACACAACUGCUUCUCAUUCAUCUCCUAAUCCUCGCCGUCGCCACCGCAGUUGCAGGUGCGAGGGCGGGAUUCGCUAGCCGGGGGUUGAGUGACGCGGAGGCGGGGUAUAUCCGGCAUCGGCAGCUUCUUUACUACCGCGAUGAGUUUGGUGACAGGGGAGAGAAGGUUGACGUUGACCCAUCGCUUUUCUUUCCCAACUCGCACCUCCGAAACGCCUACAUUGCACUUCAGGCUUGGAAGCAGGCGAUCAUUUCAGAUCCUUUGAAUCUGACCGGGACAUGGGUGGGAUCUAAUGUCUGCAAAUAUAAGGGCGUAUUCUGCGCGCCGCUGCCGUCCAAUCACAGCCUCAUCGUUGUCGCGAGUAUCGAUCUCAACCACGCCGACAUCGCCGGGUACCUGCCAGAGGAGCUCGGGCUUCUCACUGACCUCGCCGUAUUCCACAUCAACUCCAACCGGUUCUGCGGUACGAUUCCACACCGCUUUGAUCGCCUCCGCCUUCUCUUCGAGCUCGAUCUCAGUAACAACCGUUUCGCCGGGAAGUUCCCUGACGUUGUGCUACGUCUCCCUUCUCUUAAAUAUCUUGACCUCCGGUUCAAUGAGUUUGAAGGCACGGUACCGUCUGAGCUUUUUGAUAAGGAUCUCGACGCCAUUUUCAUCAACAGCAACCGAUUCCGUUUCGAUAUCCCUAACAACAUCGGGAAUUCUCCGGUCUCGGUCAUCGUCCUCGCUAACAAUCGCUUCGGCGGGUGCUUGCCGGCGAGCAUUGGUAACAUGUCGAAAACCCUGAACGAAAUUAUACUUAUGAACAAUGGGCUUAGAUCUUGCUUCCCUAAGGAGAUUGGACUACUUAAGAAGCUCACCGUGCUCGAUGUGAGCUUCAACCAACUAAUCGGCCCGCUGCCGAACGAGAUCGGCGGUAUGCGGAGCUUGGAACAGCUCGAUGUAGCGCACAAUUUACUCUCUGGUCAGAUCCCUGCAUCGAUUUGCAAUCUCCCGCGUCUUGAGAACUUUACAUUCUCUUAUAAUUUUUUCACCGGAGAGCCACCGGCCUGUAUUGGGUUACCAUCGUUUGACGAUAGGCGAAACUGUUUAGCUGGCCGACCGGCGCAGAGAACGCCUGCGCAAUGCUCUGCGUUCGGGCGUCUUCCCGUCCGCUGCAGUUCGUUCAACUGUGCACCGUUUGUUCCAUUCCUUCCCCCGCCACCGCCUCCAUCCCCGCCGCCACCUUCACCGACCGUCUCACCACCACCUUCCCCCCCGCCACAUUCACCUCCACCUCCGCCACAUUCACCUCCACCACCUAAUUCACCACCUCCACCACCUAGUUAUCCUCCUCCGCCAGUUUUUCACUAUCCUUCGCCGCCUCCCCCACCCAUUCCUUGUGAAACUCCUCCCCCACCUUCACCACCAGUAUACGAAGGUCCAUUGCCACCCGUAAUCGGAAUCUCAUAUGCAUCCCCUCCACCUCCUACUAUCCCAUACUACUGAUUCUUUGAGAAUCACCCUCAACUUUUCCCUUCACUCCAUCCAAAAGCAAAGGCAUUUGUUCUUUAAUUUGUUUUAAGCUCUUAUCAUCCAUGUCUAUUAUUGUUGUGGUGAUGGAGAACUGUAAAGCAAAAACAAAAACAUUCAAUACUGUUCUUUUGUGAUGGCGAUACUAAAUGGAACUAAAAUCUGCUGCAAAUUGAGAAGAGGAAGGCUGGCAUUGAGGGUCGAAAAUUCUCUCCUUAUUUGUUUUUUCUCAUAUUAUGGGUGUUGCUUGAGUUGUGAAUAAGCUGCUGAAAGAGGGAGGAGAUUAUUUAGAUGCCGAAACAUGAAUGUAUAGCGUAUAUGAGAUUUCCGGUGGAUCAUUUGUGGUACUAUCCCUCUUCUUCUAUACUUUGAUUUAUUUCAUUUCAUAAAUGAUUAUGUUUACUUAAAACUCUCUCUUCUUCCUCAUUAAUUUCUUCAACUGAUUCAU